AUGACAGAAAAUACAAGUUUGCAUGUAUACAAUGGUUUCUUGAAUGAAUUGGCUAACUCAAAGGAAUUUGUCUUGAAGUUAUGUGAAGAUGCAUUCCUAUACAGGGAUGUCAUUGAAUAUCCCAAAACUGUUACUGAAAAUAUUGCAGCCACACUGAGAGUUCAACAAAAUAUUGCAAAACAGUUACUUGUCACUCUAAGUUCACUCAUACGAUGUGCAAUAUUUGAAGGUUGUUCAGAUUUCAUGUCUGUUCAAGAUUUAUUCCCAGAUAAUUUUCACAAAAAUUUGAAGGAUCUUCUCUCAAAAAUAAUUGCAGAUAAUAUAUCAACAUGGAGAAAUAGAUCAUUAAACAAUCAGAUUUCUUUACCAAGACUGGUUGAUUUUGAUUGGCGGGUAGACUUGAAAACAUCAACAGACACCAUUAGUCGUAUGUCAAUGCCAACGUGUAUAUUACAACUCAAGGUACAAGAGACAGCAAAGCGAGUUGAUACUGUUCCCGAUGUCUCUUCACUCAGUGUUGAAUUAAGUAAAGAAACAUUAGACACCAUGUUAGAUGGACUUAGUAAAAUAAGGGAUCAACUUAGCUCUGUUGCAAAAAGAACAUGAACAAUUUUCUAUAUUAACUGUAUAUAUUUCAAAAGUAAAGUUUUAUGAUACAUGUAGAGAUUUGUUCAUUGAAAUUUGUGCUUCAAGGAACUGAGACUCUGUAAUCUUUAGCCAGACCCCCCCCCAAAAAAAAAUUCCUCCACAGAUUUGUCAAGAGCUUUAUGCAAAGUAGUUUUUACUGCUUCCAUAGAUGCUUCUAAAUUAGUAUAUGUUGAACAGAAUCAAGAAUUAUUCUUAAAAAUACAUUUAAUUAAACUAGAUAGAAAAAUCCUGCUCUGGAAAAUUUGCUGUCUGUAAAAAUUUGGAUCUUGCAACAGCGCCACCAAAGGCCAAUUUGAGCAAGAGUAAAAAAAAAAUGUAUAAAUGUAUUGGGAACUUUUACAUGAAUCCGUGGAGUGAGUUAUUUUUUAUUCCCAUCCUGUAGGCAAUAGAAAAUGAUAUUCAUUAUCAACAAAUGAAUAACUUAAAAUGUGGCGAGAAAAUUAUUGAGUUGCAAGCAUGCUUUUCAUUGAUGUUGUGUCACCAAUAGUGAGUGAUUAGAGAAGGAUAUUACAUGUUUAUACAGGUGUAUUUUCCAUGCCGAUAUGUGAUGAGAAUAACUUUUAAUAUACCGAUACGCUGAAUCUACAUUCAGUGCAAUUUGAAAAGAUGUGUUGCAUAUUAUACAGUAAUAAAUUACUGCAUGCUAAUGAAAUUGUUCCAGCUGUUUGA